AAUCGAAAUGCCGUAGAAAGACAUGUGUACAUUUCAUUAUUGUUCAGUUACAUGGAAAUUAAAUGACUCGCGGUGUAAGUUAGUGUUGACUGUUGGUAAUGUUGCUGUGCAGACUGUUUGCAUUGCGGCCAAUUUCCCUAGACAAUUUCGUAUUGGAUGAAAAUGGCAAUGGCAACCAACCUGUUUGGGCAGUGGAUUCUUCAGUCUUCCAGAGGAACGGAUAUGCUAAGGAUAAUAACAAAAACCCCUCCACCGUCCUGCAACCGGUGUACAUCCUGCGGCAGGACAGCAGACGCCAUCCCCAGCAAUACGGCAGAGGUGAGCGCGGCCGGUCCUUCUCGCCUCCCAAGCAGCGCCGCAGCGCCGCCACGCCCAGACCCGCCGUCGUCUUCGAGGGGUUCCGGAAGAGCUUCUCCAGCGAGCAGCUGCUGGCCGGAAGAGAGAGGACCAGGUCGAGAGAUCGCUCGGACAGGAGCUCGACGAGCUCCACAGGUUCCUCGACAAAGAGCGGUGUCUGGCAGAAAGAAAUAAAAUCCGGCAUCCCGAUACCAAUUUCUUCCGAUACCAAACUCCGUUUUCGUACAAGCAAUAUCACAGCCAACCACACCAGUGUCGGUCCCGUUAUAGCCCGCAUCAGAAAUCUAGAAAGUCCUCGCGACGAUCCCAUCAUCACCAGACUGUCACCCCGUGACCGGAAACCGGCCGAAACUCAGACCCUCCACUUUCCCCCAUCGUCUGGUUCAGAGUCCUCCGGGUACUUCACUCCCCCCUACAGCACCAACGAAGAGGCCUUCGUCAAACUGGAAGAUGUUCAGGACUCUCAGAAUCAUGGAGAGGAAACGACCUUCGAUUCAGUUGACAAGGAAGAAGUGACAGAGAGCGACACGAACAACAACUCUCAGGGGUACGCAAACUCCUGCGAGGAUGAAGUGGAUGAGGCGAGGAAAACUCCGCAGAUAUAUUCGAAGCCUAGCACUCCGGAUAGUUUGACGAUAGAAAACCUAUCAACAGAUACCCAGAACGACGAUGAAAUAUUGAAAGUUUCUACACCGACAAACAGGGAAGAUCUGUCAGGGUCUAGAAGUCCGCCAUCAUUUGUAUUGAAUUUUCCUGGCCCAACAACGCCUUCUUUGAGCAGGAAAUCAUCUCCUUUAAUCGAAAAUAGAAGGAAAAGCAGUUCAGUCAUAGACCUACACAAUUUCUUACCAGAGAUUAGCAGUAGAAAAAACAGUGCUCCACUGCAGAAAGAAGAUGUGUCAGCUAGUCGACAGUUUUUGAUAACUAAUGCUGUAGAUAUACCAUCUCCUGGCAAGAUAUCAACGAAAUCCUCAGAACCAAAAUCCGAUUAUGAAGAACUACAACCUCCCAAGCUUCCCGAAGAACCCACGACUCGCAAACUGUCCAAGCGACUUGCGAGAACGUCCAGCAGAAAAUCCAUAAAAUCCACUCCUAGAAGCGUCAGAGCACCCACCCCCACCCCUACAACUGCGCGAAGCGAGCCCAAGGAGGACCUUCAGAUGGCCUUGACGCAAAUGAACGACCCCGAAUGGGAGGUGAUGAUUCGCGGGCUGCAAGGGGUAGCGAGGAUAGCGAGGCAGCAUCCGGAGGCUGUGGAGGCUAGGAUGCACAACGUUUGCGUUAAUUUGGGCAGGCACAUCAAGAAUUUGCGAUCGCAGGUGGCCAGAGCGGCUUGUUAUACGGCGACUGAGAUGUUCGGAGCUUGUCGAAAAGGGCUGGAAAUGGAACUAGAAGAAAUCGCUGGACCUCUCUUACACCGCACGGCCGAUACCAACAAAUUCCUGAGAGCAGACGCCAACGCAGCCCUAGACCUUAUGUGUCUGCAACUCCCUCAAGGUCGAGUCAUCUCUGUUCUGACCGCCAGAGGGUGCAACCACCAGAACAGCGUGGUUAGAUCCACGGGCAUCCGACUUUUGGCAGACCUGGUGAAGAGAUCUGGCCCAGAGAGGAUUUUCCAUCUGCAGAAAGAGUGCAGGGAUAAGAUUUUCCUGGCUGGAGCUAAGGCUCUGGUUGACGGGAGUUUGGAGGCGAGGAAUUACGGGAAGGUUAUGUUUUCUUAUCUGAUUGGGUGUCAGCAAUUCCAGAGGUGUUUGCUGGAGGCAGUGCCUCAGAGCACACUGAGGCAUGUUGCGAAGACGCUCAACUCCAUCAAGCCUUUCGAAACGAAUGGGUGCUAGGCUGCAAUACAAAGUUUUUGAUAAGGAUCCUUGUUGUUUUGAUUAAUUUAUUGCUAUAUUGAUACUAAUUCUGUUUUCAAAUAUAUAUUGUAUUUUAUCAAACGUU